AUGUUCCAAUGCCAUAUACACGCCUUGGACAAAGACCAUUCCUCAACUCUAGUUGUAGACUCAUUUAGAACUAGGACGUUGUCGACGGCAUAUGCGCUGAUUGACUGCAAGGCCGACGCCCGAGGACAACGACACGUCCAGUUCCAAGACGACGCCACGACACCCUGGCACUUUCUUGCGAGACCUGCAUCAGACACCGCGGACAUCGUUACCCCGUCAAGUUACAGGAAGCGCCAAGUCUUUUGCUGCUAG